CAUGGGUUGGGCGUUUGGUGAAUGAUUCCCAGAAAAUUUCGUUCGCACUGAAACUCCGCUGCAACCACCACCUGCACACGCUCUCACACCGACCAACCACACCGACCAACCACAACACCACCACGAUGGUUGCCAGCGCUCUUGUGUCGGGCCGUGCUGCCCGUGCCCUUACCUCGGCGCGCACCUUUGCCACAGCCCGCCCCGCCCUUGCACAGACGGUUGCCGUGCGCGAUGCGCUCAAUGCAGCCAUGGACGAGAUGAUGAAGAAGGACGACAAGGUCAUCGUCAUGGGCGAGGAGGUCGGCCAAUACCAUGGCGCAUACAAGGUCACUCGGGGUCUCCUCGAGAAGUACGGCGAAAAGCGCGUCAUUGACACGCCCAUCACUGAGAUGGGCUUUGGCGGCCUUGCUGUUGGUGCUGGCCUCGGCGGCCUGCGCCCCGUCUGCGAGUUUAUGACGUUCAACUUUGCCAUGCAGGCCAUUGACCACAUUGUCAACUCUGCUGCCAAGGCCCACUACAUGUCCUCCGGCAUCAUGAAGUGCCCCAUCGUGUUCCGCGGGCCCAAUGGCAUGUCCACAGGCGUUGCUGCCCAGCACUCGCAGUGCUUUGCUGCCUGGUACUCCUCCUGCCCCGGUCUCAAGGUUGUUGCGCCCUGGUCCUCUGAGGACUGCAAGGGCCUGCUGAAGGCCGCCAUCGCAGACCCGAACCCCGUCGUGUGCCUUGAGAACGAGCUCAUGUACGGCCAGGAGUUUGAGAUGUCUGACGAGGCUCUUGCUGAGGACUUUAUUCUCCCCAUUGGCAAGGCAAAGAUUGAGCGCGAAGGCACGGAUGUGACGCUUGUUGCGCACUCGAUUGCUGUCGGCUUUGCUGUCGAGGCCGCAAAGGAGCUUGAGAACGAGGGCAUCAGCUGUGAGGUGGUGAACCUGCGUACACUGCGUCCUCUCGACACGGAGACCAUCAUCAACUCCGUCAAGAAGACAAACAGGCUGGUGACCGUCGAGGGCGGCUGGCCACAGUGCGGCAUUGGCUCGGAGAUUUGUGCCGUCGUCAUGGAAUCCGAGGCGUUUGACCAUCUCGAUGCGCCAGUGCACCGCGUGACCGGUGCGGAUGUGCCCACGCCGUAUGCGAAGAACCUGGAGGACCUCGUCUUCCCCAACGCAAGCAACGUUGUCCGCACCGUCAAGGGCAUGCUCAACCUCUAGCGUGCUGUUGUUGAUACAUGCGUGCGUGUGCGUGCGUGUGUGUGCGUGCGCUCGUGUUUUUGAGACGUGCACAUGGAUGCGGCGCUGUUGGUGCCACACGCGCAUUCACUCCGCACGACUCGCCACGUUGUGUUUGGCACAUGUCCUUUGUGUCAUGCCAUCUCCCUUGAUUUUAACUGUCGCAAGCACCCAUGUUGUUCGUUUCUUCGUCCCCACUGCUUGUCUUGUUGUUGAUGUGCCUCGCUGUCGAUUGACGUGAUGAUGAUUGGAUGAACCAACGUCGGG